AUGGGCCAAGAUAUGUCGUUUGAGAAGUUUGAGAAGAAGAAGGUGAUGGACCUCUUUGAGAUGGAGGCACUCGUGAAGAGCAAAAGGGAGGGAAAGAAUAAAGAUGUCUUUAUCGUUGACGUGCGCGAUAACUUUGAGGUGGAGGAACACGGCUCUAUUCCGUUUUCGUUGCACAUCCCCUCCUCAGAGCUGCGCCGGGCGUUCCGUCUGAAUGAGGCGGAGUUCAUGGGGAAGUACAAGUCUCGCAUGCCGCGUAAGUCCGACAAAAUUGUCUUCUACGACCAACGGAGCGGCCGGGCUGCAACGGCGGUUGAGGUGGUGGAGUCGAUGGGUUAUCAAAUGGCGACACAUUUUUCUGAGGGAUUUAACGGGUGGGAGGCAAAAAGUGGCCGCACUGCAGAGGAGGAUCUUUGA